AUGCCUCCCAAGAAGAAGGAUGAGAAGUCACAACCGCCCCGCACGAUUUUGCUGGGCCGACCUGGAAGUAACUUGAAGGUUGGAAUUGUUGGGCUUCCUAAUGUUGGAAAGUCCACAUUUUUCAAUGUUCUAUCUAAAAAAGGUGUUCCCGCUGAAAAUCGGCCAUUUUGCACCAUUGAUCCCAACACCGCGGAUAUUAACAUUCCUGACGAUCGAUUUGAAAAAUUGGUGAAAAUCAAUAAACCUGCAUCUAUUGUACCUGCACAAAUUCACAUUCGGGAUAUUGCAGGGCUGGUGCGUGGAGCCAGCAACGGUGAAGGGCUUGGCAAUGCUUUCUUAUCUCACAUUAAUGAAUGUGAUGGAAUUAUCCACAUGAUUCGUGUCUUUGAGGAAGUUGAGGUUACACACGUGGAAGGUGAUUUGGAUCCUAUCCGUGACCUAGAGAUUAUUUUCUCAGAGUUGAUUAUGAAGGACUUACAAGUGGUCAAUGGGCUAAUUGACAAGAUAACACCCAUAGUUAAUCGGGGGAUCGACAAAAGCAAGAAAUUUGAUUUAGAGGUUCUUAUGAAACUGAAAGAACACCUAGAAAAUGGUGAACAGAUUCGGUGUUGCCAAUGGAACGGUAAGGAAAUUGAUUUUCUCAACACACUACAGCUUUUAACAGCGAAACCAGCUAUUUUUUUGGCCAACAUGUCAGAAAAGGACUUUAUUCGACAAAGGGGCAAAUGGCUUGUUAAGCUCAAAGAGUGGAUAGAUCAGCACACUGGCGAACCACUUAUCCCAGUUUCAGCAGAGAUGGAAGCCAAUUUUCUCAAUAUGUCUCCAGAGGAAGCAGAGGAAUACUGUACAGCGAAUAAAACAAAGUCCCAGGUGCACAAGAUUGUUACCACCGCUUAUCAUGCUAUUAAUUUGAUUCACUACUUUACUGCGGGAUCGGACGAGGUGAAGUGCUGGACAAUUCAGCGUGGCACCAAGGCUCCUCAAGCAGCUGGUAAAAUUCACAGUGACAUGGAAAAGGGAUUUAUCUGUGCUGAAGUAAUUCAUUGGGAGGACUAUGACAAGCUUGAAAAUGAGGCUGCAUGCCGUGAAGCUGGUAAACAACACCAAGAAGGACGUAAUUAUGAAGUUCAGGACGGUGAUAUUAUCUUUUUCAAAUUUAACGCCGCUAAAGGAGGUAAGAAGUAG